AGAAGAGAAUUCUAUUCUUUUUCUGACCAUUUGGUAUUGGUUGCCAGUGAAAAUUUUCAAUCCACAUUUGAUCUGUCGCAGGAGGCCACAAGGCAGUGUUAACAAGUUGGGCCGAUAAGAUGGACAAGACAAGAAAUGAAAUAAACUUCCCCUUACAUUCGUCAUAACAUCCACGAUACAAUGUCCGAUAAUAAUGACUCGGAUAGGAAGUACAAUAUGGUGGGGUGUACGCUCUUACAUCUUAAAAGCCUUUUGUGCUAUGAGAAAAAGCCAGUACCCAAUUAAUCCUUACGAUCAGUAGUUCGACAGAUUUACUGAUUUCGGUUUAACGACAAGUGCCAGUUGAUAAAACGCUGAAGAUAGUAAUCUGAUUUCCGAAGAACGCUAUCAGAUUAACACUAUCAUAAAUACAUACUUAUUGCGCAUCGACAAGAUGGUUUCGUGUCAUAUUUUUGUUACUUAUUUAUCGAUUGCUAUUAUCAGUCUGAAUGCAAUUUUGAUUACAGCCUCGCCGUCUGAGCUUAAAUUAAUUAAUGUGGUAUUCAGACAUGGAGAUCGAACACCCGAUAACAAUGGUCGCGAAAUGUUUCCGAAUGAUCCGUAUAUAAAUUAUUCCUUCUAUCCGACAGGUCUCGGACAAUUGACCGCAGAGGGCAAGAAACACGAGUAUAGACUGGGAAAAUUUUUACGUACUAGAUACAAUGACUUUCUCGGCAGUUUAUACACCCCAAAUCUUGUCGUAGCUCGUAGUUCGGAUUUCGAAAGAACAAAAAUGUCUCUGCAACUUGUUCUCGCUAGUUUGUUCCCGCCGAAAUAUUUACAGCGAUGGAAUCCCGCUUUAAAUUGGCAACCGAUCCCAAUGUCAUAUACACCACGUAUCGAUGACAAUAUCAUCUUAGCUGACGAGUGUCCGCAGUUCCUCGCAGAAUACGAUCGAAUAUUGAGCUCACCUGAAGGGCAAGCGAAGAUCGGCCAAUUCAAAGAACUGAUGGGCAACUUGACGAAACUGACCGGGAAAGAAAUAAAGACAGUAGAGGACCUUUACUUUCUUUAUCAGACUUUUAUAGCCGAGUCUUCCUUGGGAUUGCCUCUUCCCGAAUGGGCGUAUGACUAUUUUCCUUAUGGACAGUUGUUCGAUGGAAUUGUAGCUUCAUACAAACUUAAUAAUUUCACUCCUUUAAUAAGAAGAUUAAAUGCUGGUCCAAUGAUCCGUACUAUGACGGACAAUAUGAUAGCUGCGCAAAAUCCAACCGUUGCGCCGAAAACGAAAAUUUAUUUAUACAGUGCUCACGAAACCAACAUUGCAGGUAUGUUGCACGCGUUGGGCGUGUACAAGCCGCAUGUACCCGAAUAUUCUAGUGCAGUCAUCAUGGAACUGCAGCAGAUCGAGCAAGAGUAUUACGUGAAGCUCGUGUAUUAUCAAGGCAUUCCACCAAUUAUUAAAGAUCUCACAAUCCCAGGUUGCGACACAUUGUGUCCCUUUGAUCAAUUUUUGGAUCUAAUGGAAGAUUUGAUCCCGUCCGACGAGGAGAUGAUUUGUGAUAAGAGACAGACUCCGAGUUUUGCCGGCACCGAAUAUCCCAUCGGCUUGCAGAAUCUCCUGGAGAACUUAAUUAAGAGAUCGGCAAUCGAGGAGAGCGCUACGCGACUUAGUCUACCGCUGAACGCCAUCGAGUUUUCCAGCAACAUGGUCUCGUUCCGUAUACUCGACAAUUAUUUAUCAGUUGGUCUCGUCAUCAGUUUAAAUGCUAUUCUACUCGCAGGUGCGCAACCGGAGCUUAAGUUAGUCAACGUGGUAUUUAGGCAUGGCGAUCGGACACCUGAUAAUAAUGGAUAUGAAAUGUAUCCGAAGGAUCCAUAUUUAAAAUAUUCCUUCUUUCCUGAGGGUUUAGGGCAGUUAACCAAUCGGGGCAAGAUGCGCGAGUAUGAAUUAGGAAAAGUUUUGCGCAGCAGAUAUCAAAAUUUCCUGGGAGAUCUGUAUUUGCCACAACUCGUCAUGGCUAGCAGCUCCGAUUACGAUAGAACGAAAAUGUCUCUGCAACUGGUCCUCGCCUCAUUGUUUCCUCCAAUAAAUGUACGACAACAGUGGAAUCAUGCUUUAAACUGGCAGCCGAUUCCGACCACAUACUUGCCACGUGUUGAUGAUAAUUUCUUUUUGCCUGACGAGUGUCCGCAAUUCCUUAACGAGUACGAUCGAGUGCUGAAUUUGCCUGAAACGAAAAAACGAAUGUCGCAAUUCAAGGAUAUGAUGAGUAAAUUAACGAAACUGACCGGCAAGAAGAUCGAGAAGCCACUUGAUAUGUAUUAUUUGUAUCAUACUUUCGUAGCGGAGUCAUUCAUGAAUUUGACUCUUCCUGAAUGGGCAUACAAUUAUUUCCCGAAUGGUACGCUAUUCGACGGGAUUGUAGCUGCUUAUAAUAUUGCAAAUUAUACUCCUUUAUUAAGGAGGCUGUAUGCUGGCCCGGUAAUACGCGUCAUAUUGGAGAACAUGUUAGCUAUACGAAAUGCAGACCCAUCGAAAACGAAAAUUCAUUUAUACAGUGGUCAUGAAACCAAUAUCGCGACAUUAUUACAUGCAUUCAAAGUGUACAAACCUCAUGUACCUGAAUAUUCUAGCGCAGUUAUUCUAGAAUUGUUACAACAAAACAAUCAGUAUUAUGUAAAACUCUUACACUAUCGCGGCAUUCCAUCGAUUAUUGACGAACUUACAAUCCCAGGUUGCGAAACUCUUUGUCCUUUUGACAAGUUUUCAACUCUAACUCGAAACUUGAUUCCAUCUGACGAGGAAUUGAUUUGCGACAAGAGACAGACUCCAGAUUACGCAAACACGAAAUAUCCUGCUACCUUGGAAAAUAUGACGUACGAUUUAAUAAAAUUAAUAAAUUUAAUAGAUAGAUAAUAACGACAACACUAACUUAUUGCUAAUUUAAAUGUUACACGAAAUAUUUUUAUUGUAUAACUUGGAAUAAAAUAAUUUAUCAUCUAUGUUAAUAUAAUUUAAUAAAAUAUAUUGCUUCUUUUAAUUA